UGUGAAACAUGUCUGCGCCCUGUUGUUACGUAAAAUCAAGUACAGCUUAUGUUUAUGUGCAUCAUUUACGUAUUUAAUCUGUCAAGCGGUCAAUUUUAUACAAAGUACUCUGUACAUAAUGCAAUUUAUUAUUUUAGGUGCUAUAAUUGUGUUGGUGUUAGCGAUAAUAUUACUGUUAAAAACGGUAAACAAAAACAAAGUUGCAAAUGCUGCCAAAAGUGGCAAAACUGACUUGUGUUCAUCAAUGGAUUGUGUGAGAUGCAGUGCUUACGAAACUCUUCUCAAAUCCGUUCAGAUUAAACUUAAUGCGUUCCUUAUACAAUCCCCGUCAGAAGCCGAAAACAUUGAACGAUUGUGCACGUCAGUCUCGUCAAGAUUUCGCGAAAAAGUGACUAGAGAGUGGAAACUGAGUGGUAGCACUCAGCAACCUCAUGUACUGUACCUGCAAGGUCUAACUGCCAAACCAUGGCAUAGUGAUAUGUAUAUGAGUGAACAGAACAUUUUGAGGAAAAAUUUCGCAGAAAUUCUCAGUGAAUUUCAAAGAGUUGAAGAGUUUGAUUGUGGCUGGACAACAAAUAGAGUGCCCACGGGGUCAUGGCACGUAUUCCAUCUUAUAAAUCAGGGGAAAGUAGUUGAAGAUAACUCCAGCAGGUGCCCACAGACACUUCGUAUUCUGCGAAGUUUAGAGAGCAUUAUGACAGAAAAUGUGUUUGGCAAUGUAUUCUUUUCGGUCUUGGAUCCCGGAACCAGUAUUGAGGAGCACUGUGGCCCCACAAAUAUCAGACUGCGUAUUCAUCUUGGUUUACAGGUACCCUAUGGUUGCGUCCAACUGACUGUGAAUUACAUUCCAACUGAGUGGGUGGAAGGAGAGACACUUGUCUUUGAUGAUUCUUUUAUACACAGUGUAAAGCAUACAGGCAGUUUAGAUCUGACAUGCACCAGAGCUGUGCUCAUCGCAGAUUUAUGGCAUCCACAAGUUACACUUGCUGAAAGAAGCACUAUUAACUACAUGUUCAGCAGCAGACAGAACUCCGGUUCAAUAGCUACUACUGAUAACAGCUAGAGCAUUUCAUAUCAUGUAGUCUCUUCUUUUCUUGCUACAUAUAAAAUUUGUGUUCUCCAAGCCUUGAUUUGGAUUAAAUGUUCACUAUCAAGUUCAAAGCUAAAGCUUUUAUAAUAUAUACUUUGAUAACAUCAGUGAAAUAGUUGGGCAUUGAAAUGCAACAGAGCUUACUGAAUGCAGUUGUGCACAUUCAUGUGAGAUGAUUACUAAUCCGAUAUAAAUAAUUUAAUGUUGUUAAACAAAAAAUAAAAUUUAUAGAUAAGUAA